UCCCUCGCUCUCCGCUGCCUGCCUUUUCCUCCCACCCUCCCGCUCUCCUUCCUUCCUUCCUUCCUCUUCCCUUUAAAGAUGGACCCGCAGCAGCGCUUCUAACAAAGGCUCUGCCGCCAGGCGCCCACCCGCCCAGAAGCCGCCUCCGCCUGCCGCCUCCGCCGCGCCGUUUCGUCCGGGUUUGGCCCCUUAGAAGCUGCGGGGAGGCCGGGCGGGCGGGGGGCUCUCUCGCGUCCUCCUUUCCGGGGAGCCCCUUUUGUCUCCGGCCGCAGGCCGCCCCCCCGCCCUCCGCAUGCCUUGCUGAGACGCUGCGAAGCCCACCCGGGGGGGCGGGUGGGGGAAGGACCCCCCUCCGCACGAUGGGCGCCCCCACCUUCCCCCCCACCGCUGCUGGGGAGGGGGCUGCUGCCGGCCGGUAGGGUCGCCUUUGCACACCGAUUGGCGCAGAGAAAGCUCUUUCCCACCCCCACCCCGGGGAGAAAGAAAUCCACCCUCUCUGAGCACUCCCAAGAUUUACUUUAUUCCAUUUUAGGAAUAUCGCUCUGUUUCUUUUUCAGCUGGGAAGCCCCCUCCCCCAAACCUGCAUCCUGAGCAACCUUUACCUCUGCAGAAUCGCCCUCCUCCAGUUCAUCACCACCUCUUUUAGGAUUUCAGUUCUGAGAUAUCCCUAGAAUUUAUUGCAUCUCCAUAAAUCCCCAAAGGAGGCCGAAUAACAGAGAUACAUCACCCCCCCACAUCCCACAUUUAAUUUUUCUUCCUUAAGUCCUUAUACGUCUGAAAACGGUGUCUGAGUCCCCCCACUACACUCUUAAGAAACUUCCCCCAAAGUGAUUUCACCGGGCAAUAUAAAAGGCCCUCUCUUAAGCUUGUGGGUUAUAUCCAUAGCUCAGAGUGGCCACUUUCAUAAUUGCAGACAUCCUCACAAUAUACUUAUUUAAAGUUCUUCUGUAUUUUCAGACGUCAUCUGAAAAUAUCACAGCUCUUGGGGUUUCAUCUUGCUAGACGCCACUAAUUCUUCCUGUGACGUGCCCUUAAAUUUCCCCACUUUAUUAGAAAGGCAAUAGACUCCUUCCUCCAGUACUCUAAAGUGCACUUCUGAAAUUACUCUGGCUUCCCUGAGGGGGAAUCUCACUUACAUUUGUUCCUUCCAUAGUAAUAGUUCAUAUCACCCAUUUAUGUCCAUAGGGUUCCCCAAAACUUCCAGCCCUCUAGCAGUGGAGAGGCUAAAUCCCCUACACAUUUCAGUAGGUGCCAGAAUUUAUAUUAACAUAAAAUAAUUAUAGAUUCCCCAAACCUCAAUUAUAUGCUGAGAUAAAAUUUUUACUGCACUUCUGUUAAAUACUGCUAAAAUAAUCCCUUAUUUAAAAGCCUCCCAACUUCACAAACAAACCCCCUUCCAAUAUUUUCACUUCUUGUAGAGUUCCUUUGCACCCAGAUCUGCUUUGAAAUCAACCGCAUAUUAAUGAUUCCUUUUUGUUUUGUUCAAGCACUCACAGGACAUCCUAAAAGGAAAGGCUUAGGCAUCCCUAGAUUAUUGCCUCGCACCCGCCAUAUCAGAGCGGGUGGACUGGCUAACUAGUGUUUCCAGCUACUGAAAUAUUCCACUUUCAACUAGGAGUGUACCCAAAGUCUUGGCUCAAAAGAGCUGUAGGCGUUUGAGACCCUCCAAACUGCUUGUAUAACAUCCCAGAAUCCAAGAACAGCCUCCCGCCUUGUUUCUGGCAACCAUAUAGAGCUUUCCACAUUCCAGGUACCUCAAAAUAUCUCCUUUCCUUCUCUGAUGCUGGAGCCUCAGAUACAUACAACUGCAAGUCUGUAGAGCGAUUGAGAAUCCUCUACCUUAUAAAACAAUCCCUGAUAGGCCCUAAAGCCCUGAACACCUGCUUUUCCAGAUUUCUUUAGCCCUUACAACUGCACUCAACAAGUCCUCCUCUAGGCACCCAUAUAAAUUCUUAUAGCUGAAAGGGCCACUUGAAGUCAGGCGUACAUCCCAUGUUCAGUUCCUGAAGCAACUGUCCGUAGUCCUCUGCUGGAUCCAAGACCUGUAUUCCUUUCGCCUCAGAUUUGUCCCAUGGCUUUUCAGGACCCCAAUCACCCCCUGCAAGCCCAGCUUUGUAGCAAUGUUUUUGGGGCACUGACGGGGUUAAUCCAACCCCCUUUAGCAGCUGGGCUGGCCGGGGGGCAGAAAUAUUAUUGCAAUAAUGGAGUACAGAUAGCCUCUCCCCAGCAGCCACAGACAGCGCCCAGCAAUGUGGUGAUGGUGGAGCCAGAACCGGAUCGGCCUAUCGGUUAUGGAGCUUUCGGCGUGGUCUGGUCAGUGACUGAUCCACGAGAUGGGUCACGAGUUGCACUCAAAAAGAUGCCCAACGUUUUCCAGAAUCUGGUCUCUUGCAAACGGGUUUUCAGAGAGCUGAAAAUGCUCUGCUACUUCAAGCACGACAACGUCCUCUCAGCAUUGGACAUCCUCCAGCCUCCGCAAAUUGACUGUUUUGAGGAGAUUUAUGUCAUCACAGAGUUGAUGCAAAGUGACCUUCACAAAGUCAUAGUGUCUCCACAACCACUCAGCGCAGAUCACAUCAAGGUCUUUCUGUAUCAGAUCCUCAGGGGGCUGAAAUAUUUGCACUCUGCCGGUGUUCUCCACCGGGACAUCAAGCCUGGAAACUUGCUAGUCAACAGCAACUGUGUCCUCAAGAUCUGUGACUUUGGUUUGGCCCGGGUAGAGGAGCCAGACGAGUCCCAGCACAUGACUCAAGAAGUGGUAACUCAAUAUUACCGGGCCCCUGAGAUCCUGAUGGGCACCAGGCACUAUGGACGUCCAAUUGACAUUUGGUCCGUGGGCUGCAUCUUCGCUGAGCUCCUGGGCAGGCGUAUCCUGUUCCAGGCUCAGAGCCCCAUUCAGCAGCUGGACCUCAUUACGGACCUCCUGGGAACGCCUCCUGUUGCUGCCCUGCAUUCGGCCUGUGAGGGAGCCCGUGCUCACAUUCUGCGUGGCAAUCACAAGCCGCCGUCGCUGUCUGUCCUGUACAUGCUUUCAGGGGAAGCCACUCACGAAGCCGUCCAUCUCCUCUGUCGGAUGUUGGUUUUUGACCCGGCCAAACGGAUUUCCGCCAAGGAUGCCCUUUCCCAUCCCUACCUGGACGAAGGGCGGCUGCGCUACCACACGUGCAUGUGCACCUGCUGCUUUUCUGUCUCCUCGGGCCGCGUCUACACUAGUGACUUUGAGCCCCGGGCUGACCCCAAGUUUGAUGGCUCUUACGAGAAGAACCUCACCUCCGUCUGGCAAGUCAAAGAACUGGUGCACAGGUUUAUCUUGGACCAGCAGCGGGGGAAACGCGUCCCACUCUGCAUUAACCCCCAGUCAGCUGCCUUCAAAACCUUCAUUCGCUCCACAGCGUGGCACUCCUCUAAAGUAUCCAAAAAGGAGGAGAGAUGAAGUUGUCUUGUCUAGAUGGGGUGGAUAAAAAGGGAAGGAAAAAUCAAUCCAAGAGAAGAAGCACGGAAUGAGACAGCCUUCCCACUGGAGAGAGAGAGAGAGAGAGAGAGAUGAGAAGAAAAAGAGAGAAAACCACUUUUCUUAAUCCUGCACUCUUGAAUAUUUUGACUCAUGGACAAACGUUUGGGGUUGGGGGAAAUGUCUGUGUCUUUUUAAAAAAAUUAAUAUUAAUAUUAUUUGGGGCGGGGGGAGUUGGGAAGGGGUUAUUUUUGCAUUGAUUGAUGUCUCUCCCCCCCACCCCACCUAUUACUAUUCUGCACUGGAAAAAAAAAAUUAGGUUGUAGGAUAUCCCUUGUGCAACCUUCUCCCCCCACCCAAAUCUGCACUGUUCCGUGAUAUGCCUGUAUUUCCCCAGUCCUUGCUGAGUUCUCCUUCCCUCUAUAGUCCUAUGGCAGCGAGUGGGGUGGGGGUGGGGGUGGAGUCUGCAUAUUGCCAGCCCUUCAAGGGGUUGCAGUGUUGCAGUGAGGUGAGUUGGCUUUCCUGAAUAUAAUUGGGCCAUUUAUGUUUGCUCCAGACCUCACAGUCUCUCCCCACCCACUCUUUUUAAGCCUUAGGUUCACUGUCCCUCUUCCUCCCCUGGCUGUGUCAUGUCUCCUCUCCCCAAGUCCCCUGCUCCACCUGGCCCCACGUAUAAAUGGGGACGUAAUUAGUUCCUCUUGAUAUGCCAAAAGAAAGCUUGGAGGGUGAGGAGAAAAGCCCCAAUUUCCUGCCCUAUGUGGCCCAAAUCACUGUUUUGUUGUCCUUCCCGUCACCCAUCCCCAGCUGUCUAUAUGGAAUCUUCUGCCACUCCUUAUAAGAGAGACUUGGGGCUAACUAGAUGUCCCAUGGCCUUUUCAAAAAUAAAAAGGAAAGCCACUUGAGGGAGCAAUUUGAAGUGGGUAAGUUGUGGGGGGUAGGGUGGGGUAGAUGCGUAACCCUUUUCCUGCCCAUGAUUUUAGUGCCCCCAAGGGCCUCUCAGCCACGUCCCCCCUGCAACCCCCCCAGGGGAAAAGAGGGGGCGGCCUUUCCAUGAGGCGAGGUAAGGCAUUCGCCUCAGGCAGCAGAUUACUGGGACACCACUGAGGUGGCAGGAUGCCCUUCUGCCCCCUUCUUUUAAAAGCGGGGGGGGGCAUGAGAAAGGGAGGAGGGUCACACAAGGGGGUAGCUUUUGGCACCCUUCCUCAGGCACACAGAGGCCUUGAGCCUCCACUGGGAAAAGAAGCUGUGAGGAGGAGUCCAUUUGGAUAAAGGAGUCCAUUUGGAUAACGAAGCAACACAUGGGGGUCCUCUGCCCCCGCAGUGCCACUUCACUGCCCGUCUUCCCAUCUCCCAAAGUGGCCUUUGAAAUAAAAAGGGCAAUUGGAGUUUCAUUUGAAGUUUUCCGUUAAGAGUCUCCUUCUGCCAGUGGAGGACCUGGUAAUUUCCUGCCCCACCCUUCCCCUGCAGCCAGAUGAACUGCAGGGACCCAGCACUCCUUUUAAAAUUUAUUAUUUUCACACUCCUUCAGAAAUCUACCUCUUUUUUCUCUUCAUGAUUUGUGUACACUCUAGUUAUUUGUCUGUGUUUUGUUUCCUCGGUGUUUGGUUUUGUUUUAAUUCUGCUGGUAGGUGUUUCAUUUUGUCGGUUUCCUUUUUUUAAGUUAUGAUUCCAGCAACUUUUAUCUACUCGUUUGAAUCCUGAGUGUGUGAUUUGUGUAUAAAUAUAUAUUUCCCCCUGUUCCUUAAAAAGAAAGGGGGGGGGGAAAGAACCCGAAUAACCUGAAAACUUGAACUGACUUGGCUGUAAUAUGUCCCCCCUGUAAUUUAAUCGUUCUCCAUGGUAGCUGAAUUAAACUUAUGCUGUGUAUUUUU